CCCUGUGGAAAGUCUGUCCGAGCGCUGUCCCGCUUCAGAUGCAGCUGCCAAUGUCAGGCGUCGGGGAAAUUUGGAAAGCGGUUGGUGAUUUUGGGCCGUUUCAGAAAUGGCUGGUGCUGCUCACCUUGUUUCCCUGCCUCAGUGUGGCUUUCCACCAGUUUUGCCAACUUUUUAUGGUUCAACACGUGCCGCACCGCUGCGACACCAGCUGGAUCCGUGCCAUCGGCCCCAACCUGACGGAGGAAGAGCAGCUGAACCUCACCUUGCCCCGGGAUGCGGAUGGUGCGUACGAGCAGUGCUCCAUGUACUCGCCGGUGGACUGGGACCUUGGCUCCAUCAUGCUGUACGGCCUGAACGCCACGGAGAAGUGCAGCGAUGGCUGGGUGUACCCCUCAGCGCAACCGCCGUCCCUGCUGACCGAGUUUGACCUGGUGUGUGACAGGAAGGACCUGAACGACAUCUCCCAGUCCAUCUACAUGAUGGGCCUGUUCUUGGGAUCCAUGAUUUUUGGGCCACUAAGUGACAGGAUCGGCCGCCGGCCAGUCAUUCUGAUCUCCAUCUUCCUCCAGGGCUUGUUUGGCGUAGGAAUUGCCUUUGUGCCCCAUUUCUAUGUGUACAUGGCCUUCAGAUGUGUCGUGGGGGCUUCUGUGUCAGGGAUCACCAUGACGAUACUGGCUUUAGCCACAGAAUGGGUUGGUGUCUCCUCCCGGCCAAAGGCAGUGCUUAUUUCUCACUGCUGUUUCGCCAUCGGACAGAUGAUUUUGGCCGGCUUGAGUUAUGGUAUUCGCAACUGGAGGCUGCUGGAGAUUGCGGGAUCUGCUCCUAUAUUUGCCUUAUUCUUCUACAUCUGGGUGCUGCCAGAAUCAGCUCGGUGGCUGGUGACAAAAGGCAGAAUAGAAGAAGCUAAGAAGGUCCUUCAGAAGGCGGCAUCCAUCAACAAGCGCACCAUCUCACCAGGACUCCUUGAGCAGUUGAAGCCUGAGAAACAGACCAAGUCUGGAAGUCCUCUGGAUCUCUUUCGGAAGAAACACCUCCGGAAGGUGACUUUAAUCAUGUCGUGCGCCUGGUUUGUGAACAGCCUUGUCUACUACGGGCUGAGUCUGAACGUGACAAAUUUUGGUCUGGACAUCUACCUGACUCAGCUUGCGUUCGGAGGAGUGGAAAUCCCAGCCCGUAUUGGUUGUAUCUUCAUUCUGCAGUGGUUCGGGAGGAAGAAAAGCCAGGCUGUUCUCCUGCUGCUGAGCGGCCUGGUGUGCCUGAUCAUCACUGUCAUCCCUGAAGACCAGCCCGCCACCGCCACCGUCCUGGCCGUCCUCGGCAAGUUCGCCGCCUCGGCCUCCUUCUCCACCUCCUACGUCUACUCGGCGGAGCUCUUCCCCACGGUGGUCAGGCAGACCGGCGUGGGACUGUGCUCCAUGUCGGCGCGGCUGGCGGGGAUCGCGGCCCCGCUGACGCGACUCCUGGGCCGCUACCACCGCGCCGUCCCCAUGGCCAUCUUCGGGAGCGCCCCUGUGGUGGGGGGGCUGCUCUGCCUCCUCUUGCCCGAGACCCGCGGCACCGACCUGGCGGACGACACCGGGGAUGGCGGCCCCCCGCCGCAGGUCUGUGAAAAUGCCAACAGCAGCUCUGAAAAUGGACACAUAAAAGGAAAAGGAGGUGGCCGAGACAAUGAGUGCACAAAGACCACUCACUUCUAGCUGGGCCUGCAAGCAGCUGUAGCUAAAGGCAGCCUAGUGCUGGGCUGGCACUGAGGACAGGCAGGUCUCCGUUUGCAGGACACCACCACCUCUCAAGCGGUCACUGCCAAUUCUUAGUUUUCCUUUUCUUUUUUGCCUUCCUGUAUCUCCCUCUAUAGCUUGUCCUCAGGCACUGCAUGCUAACUCUGGUGUUCAACAGUGCUCUCGCUGGAGAAAAUCUGAUGCUUUUCAUUUAGGGGAAAAAAGAAAGAAAUCAGAAACCAGGGUGGAGGCAACAUUUUAUCUUCCUUUUGAGUCUGCAAACUUUGCCCAAGCGAGACACAUGCUAGAGCAUUGACUAGACUUGCAACAGAGUGCUGUGCUCACUAAAGAGAAAGCCAGAGCAGAUGCAGCACGGAAAACAAUCUCACACUUGCAAGAAGGAGUGAUUUCUCUUGACUGUCUAGCAUGAUCUUCUCACCUUCUCUUAAAAACACUCCUUUUUAUUUUUUUUUUUUAAAUUUGAGACACUCAGCUGAGAAAAAAGAGAUGCUUUGGAAGAAACAACAAGCAGUGAGCAAGGAUGUCUAACAGGCAGCAGAAUUUUCACCUUAGUGCUGGUGGCUUUGAAUUAAAGCAUGUCAUGAUGCUUUGUGCACGGAAAAUUGCGCUGUCGGGCUGUGGUGUAGGACAGCAUUAAUUUGUCUGUUCCAGGAAACCGAGAGAUGUUGUGGCAGUUGGUCUCUUAGAAGAAAGUGCAAAUCUUUCUGGGAACUAUCAGGUCUAUCCUACUCUGUUCUAGUCUAUUGCUUCUUGCUGUAUCCAUUUCUGUCUUUAAACGGUUUAGGACCACUUUUGUCUUAUACUGUGAUGAAAAAACACGUGCUUUUCCUGUGCUUCCCCUCCUCUUGUCUCCUGUCCCUCAAGAUGACUUUCUUUUACCACUGGCUUGGUACAGAUGAAGCCCAGAAGUUAGGCAGUGGUGGUGUUCCAGCUUUGUCUGUAUACAGCUCAAAGGCUAUUUUCUGGUAGUGUCAAGAAGCUUUUCAAGCAGACUUUAUUUCUUCUCCCUGUUGUCAUGCCUGCAUGUUUUCCAUGGAUCAAAGUACCCCACAGAUAUGCAGUUUGAUGAAGACAGAGUUUUGGAUAAAGUCAGUGACAUGGGACAAUGCCCCACCAGGAGGGGCUGUCUGUGGUGCCAUCUUCUCUCUGGCACUGCUUUUCAAAGGAUUUGCUGUGGUGCUCCUGUUCAGUGGCCCUGAGUAUAGAGGAGCUCGGUCCUUUGCCCAAGGGCACUUUUUCCUUGGCAAAGGCUGAGGGCUGGCUCCUUUGGGCUUUUAUGGAAAAUAAAAUGUUGAGGGUAAAGGCUGAGGGAAGAGCUUGGAGCAAAAGGAGUGAACCACGGCUCCUUUUGGGAAUUCUGCUCUGAGAUGCUCUGUUUCAGGUUGCCUCAAAAAUAAAGGUGUCCAAGCACA